AGUAUACUUCAUAUAAAUUGUUCUAGGUAUUAAUAAUGCUGUUAAUCUGCGUAUUACAUACUGAAGCUCAAUAUGGGAAAGAAGAUAAUGUUGUAUUGAUUAAAAGCAGAGGGGGUGAGCGAAGAAAAGCUGAUUGUGGGGAUUCUGGAACCAUUGGUGAAAAAUGUAGAAACGGACUAAUCUGUAGGACAUUGAAUGGUGGGUCAGAAUGUAGUGGAAAGAAAUCAUUACAAAUAAAGAAAGACCUGUUCUGCGGUCAAAAAGAUACUCUGCAGCGAAGAUGUCAAAGAGGAGGAAUCUGUAUCAGGACUGCUAAGAAAUCUUUUAAAUGCAAAAAGGGUGGUCCAGGUAGAGGGGGCAAAAAAGGAUCAGGUGGAAAACGUGGGAAAAGACCAGCUAAACCUGAGGCUCCUAAAGAAGUGCAUGUUCCAAAUCAGAUAGAUUGUGAUGCUAUGGGUGUACCACCAACUUGCAGAGUGCCAACUAUGCUCUAUUUUGGAGGCAGUGGUGGAAAUGGGGCUUCCUCAUAUCCGCGCUGUAAUUCGGAAUUUUGGAAACAGCUACCUGAUUCUCCUGGGGAUGUUGGUCUUGCUAUAAUGAAAGGUGAAAUAUAUGCAUGUGGAGGUGGAUUAGAAAAUGGAGCUCAAUAUUCUGCAGACUGUUACAAGAAUGUUGGAGGAAACUGGGUAAAAAGUGCAAACUUGAAUACACCAAGAUCAAAACAUACAAUGACCACCAUAGGGAAUAGUAUGAUUGUGGCUGGUGGUAGGAAUAAUGAAGGAUUCAGGUUGCUUAGUUCCAUGGAAAUAUUCAAAGGAGAGAAAUGGGAAACUCUUGAACACAAACUACCAAUACCUGUAAAAGCUCACUGUGCUGUAGCUAUAAGUGACAAGGAAAUAUUAUUCAUUGCGGGUGAUAACACAAAUGGAAAACAUGGAGGACAAACUGUUGGCAAUCAAGUUCAAACCUACCACCUUUAGAAAGGCUUCACUGGAGAUCAAAUACCUAAUUUGAAACGUGGAAGGUAUAAUCAUGGUUGUGCAUUGUACAAGAAUGAAGUAUAUGUGUUUGGUGGGGAUGACCACGACCAUCGAGGAGGAAGUGGAGACUAUCAAUGGACUGGGGGACCUCGUCCAAUAGUUGCUUCUCAAGCAGCUGCAGCUCCUGGUUCAAAUGGCUCUGUUCCUGUUCUAGACACAUCCCAUGAGGCCAUUUGCCGACACAUGGAAAUUCUAAAUCUGGAAACAAGGACCUGGAGAGAUGGUUUGGCACCUGGUAUAUCUGAAAAGCCAGCUGGUCAGGAGGAUUAUUUUUAUCAUCCUAAUCUUGUUGUCUUGGGUGAUGAGUUAAUUAUGGAGGACGAGGACAAUGGAGAAGUAUGGCAUUUUGAUGGUACCAGUUGGCGCCAGGGCCCCACAUUGGAAACAGCUGAACGUCACAAAGUUAUUGCAUACAACUGUAAAUAAAUCAAAUUAUUUAACUUAAUGAAACAGAAACAGAAAUAAAACAGAGAAUUAAAUUGUU